CAUUCUUUCAUUCUCUAUCUUAUUCAGUCCUCAGCAGAGACAACUUGCCAACAACUGCCAACCAUAUCUUAAUCUACCCCUACACAAUUCUCUGACUCUCUCUUUUCUUCUCUUGGUGUUUUACUGAAAGUAUCAAGAAUGAAAAGCAAUGAUAGUGGUACUGAGGAGUGGAGUUCUGAUAUGGCCAUAACAGAUGAGACUCUGUCUCAUUCUCCUGUGUCCAAUACCUUAGCUGUUUCCAAGAGUCGCCGGAGAUCAGGGAACCCGGUUAAAUACGCUGCCAAAGCCAUUGCUGGAGUCUUUAUUGAUUGUUUCACGCCUCCGGAGGAUGAUGAUCCUCCUAAGUCAAGGAAAAAGAAGAGUAAUUUUCAGCAACUAAAAUCAUCUUCUGUUUCAUCUGGUAGAAGUGGGAGUGAGAAGAAACAUGGUGCAUUUCCAUCAUACAUUCCAGCUGUGGAGAGCGAUCUUAGAAAAGGGAAGUUUACCAUGGCACAAAUAUACAAGGCAACAAAGAAUUUCGACCCUUCCUUUAGACUUGGUCAAGGGGGUUUUGGGACAGUCUAUAGAGGAACUUUGGAUGAUGGCACCCUUGUCGCAGUGAAACGAGCCAAAAGGAGCGGUUAUGGUAACCAUUUGGGAGCAGAAUUUCGAACUGAAAUCCAGACACUAGCUCAGGUGGACCAUUUGAACUUGGUAAAGUGUUAUGGGUUCCUAGAGGAGAAAGAUGAGAGACUCCUCGUCGUUGAGUAUGUUCCUAAUGGAACUCUUAGAGAACACUUGGAUUGUUUCCGUGGUGAGGCUUUAGAUAUGGCUGCAAGACUCGACAUUGCAAUUGAUAUAGCUCAUGCCAUUACCUAUCUUCACGUGUAUACAGAUAAUCCUAUCAUUCAUAGAGAUAUUAAAUCUUCCAACAUUCUUCUCACAGAACGUUGUCGAGCAAAGGUUGCUGACUUUGGUUUUGCCCGUGUAGCAGCUGAUAGAGAUUCCGGUAUCACUCAUGUGUCUACUCAAGUUAAAGGCACUGCUGGAUACUUAGACCCGGAAUACCUUCAGACAUACCAACUCACUGAGAAGAGCGAUGUUUAUUCCUUUGGCGUAUUGUUGGUGGAAUUGGUGACUGGAAGGCGUCCUAUUGAAAAUAAACGCAUGAUGAAAGAGCGGAUUACAGCAAGAUGGGCCAUAAUGAAGCUCACAGAAGGAGAUGCAAAAUCAACCAUUGAUCCAAGGGUAGAAGCAACCAUAGCAAAUGUCAUAGCUGUAGAAAAGAUCCUUGAAUUGGCCUUAAUAUGUCUAGCUCCACAGCGCCAGAAUCGCCCAACAAUGCAGAGAUGUGCCGAGAUACUCUGGAGCAUUCGCAAGGACUUCAGAGAGCUAUUAGCUGCAGAUGCGUGCCCUUUCUCCCCAAGCACGCAGAGAAGCAACUCGAUAGGAAGGGCUACCCUGCAUCACUGAUGCCGUGAUCAUCUUCUAGGGCUGUAGAUAUUAAGCUCAGCAAUCCCAUAUGACAAUUACUAUCCUCUUAGAAUUAUGUGCACAUAUUUUUUUGCCCUUGCUGUAUAUUCUGAUUGUUUUGGGAUGCAAGAGAUGUAAGAGAAAGCAAGUAUAGGUCAUUUUGAUCUUUGUACCAUUUUUUUUUUACCUAACAUUGUACAUGAGCAAUCAGGAAAAGACAACUUCCAUUACAAGCAGGAAAAUCUAUGAUCUUCCCCUGACCUAUAUAUUGAAUUUCUAGCCUAUUCAACA